CUCCAGCAGCCUAGACAACUGUCAGAUGCUAGACAGAGCAACGAGCAAGCAACACAGCAAAGUGGACCCCUGGAUUUAUUAGCGAGCUAAGCAACUCAACCGCACACCUUCAGUUUGGAGACUGGUGCACAACGAUUGACAUCCGGCAUAAUUUGCUGCAAACCCAAAAUAUAACUAACGAGAAGCUGAUUCUUAUAGCCAUCUAAGGUUAUCUUUGAUUUGUGGCGCAGCUAGCCUGCACAACCCAGUUGGUAUCUAGAUCUAAUCUAGGCGGUCGAAACUUGAAGUUGUGUGGUUUGCUCGUUAACGUCAGCUAGCUGAGAAGGAGAGGUUUUCAGAAAGUGCUCCAGGGCUAUGACUGCGGAAGAGGUGACCAACGAAGGACCGAACAUCCCAUUCACGAUGGAGGGAGAGGAUAUCACGCAGAAGAAAGAUGGAGGGGUUUUAAAGUUGGUGAAGCAGGAAGGCACGGGGACAGAGCUGCCUAUGACGGGGGACAAGGUGUUUGUUCACUAUGUUGGCACGCUGCUGGAUGGAACCCCAUUUGACUCCAGUCGCGAACGAGGAGAGAAGUUCUCCUUUGAGCUGGGCAAAGGUCAGGUCAUCAAGGCGUGGGACCUGGGAGUGGCUACUAUGAAAGUAGGAGAGAUCAGCCAGCUGAUCUGUAAACCAGAGUACGCUUACGGCACCGCCGGCAGCCCCCCGAAGAUACCCCCCAAUGCUACUCUUGUCUUCCAGGUGGAGCUGUUUGAGUUUCGAGGGGAGGACAUCACUGAGGGAGAGGAUGGAGGAAUCAUCCGUCGCAUCAUCACUAAGGGAGAGGGAUACUCCAAACCUAACGAAGGAGCUGCCGUAGAAGUGUGUGUGGAGGGCAGCUGUGAGGGCAAGGUCUUUGACCAGAGGGAGCUGAAGUUUGAGUUGGGAGAUGGAAAGAGCCUGGGUCUGCCAAAUGGAGUGGAGAAAGCCCUGACUGCCAUGGAAAAGGGAGAGGAGUCACUCUUUAUCAUCAAACCCAAGUAUGGCUAUGGAAACACAGGAAGCAGCAAGUACAGUAUUCCUGGUGGAGCCACUCUGCAGUACAAACUCAAACUGACCGCCUUCGAGAAGGCCAAGGAAUCCUGGGAGAUGAACUCAGCAGAGAAACUGGAGCAGAGUAUCAUCAUCAAGGAGAAGGGAACACAGUACUUCAAGGAGGGGAAGCAUCGCCAAGCGGCUGUCCAGUAUAAGAGGAUUGUGUCAUGGCUGGAGAAUGAAUCAAGUUUGCCCGAGGGGGAGGAGCAGAAAGCUAGAGCCCUGCGAUUGGCUGCUCACCUCAACCUGGCCAUGUGCUUCAUCAAGCUACAGGAACCAAGCUCUGCCUUCGACAACUGUGACAAGGCCCUGGAGCUGGACGAGGCCAAUGAAAAGGCUCUAUUCCGGAGGGGGGAGGCGCUGUUUGCCAUGAAGGAGUUUGAUAGGGCGAGAGCAGACUUCCAACGCGUCACACAACUUUAUCCUAGCAACAAGGCCGCCAAGAGCCAGGUGGCUCUGUGCCAGAAGCAGAUUAAGGAGCAGCAUGAGAAGGACAAGAGGCUCUACGCCAACAUGUUCCAGAAGUUUGCAGAGAGAGACGCCAAGAAGGAGGCUGACAAGGGGACUGAGAACGUAGGAGGGAUGGAAGUGGAGGAGAGUGGAGGACAGGAGUAAUGGCUGCUGGAGAAAGAUGUGGCAGUCUGUCUGUCAUGAAUACUUUUAAAACUUCAUACAUUUAUGUUUAUAAAGAGAGAACGUGUU